AAAUGUGACACUUCUCUCUGUUGAGGUGGGAAUCAGCGGGACCCAGAGCAGCAUACGUAAAUGCAUUCCUUCCAGAAACACAUGAAAAUCCUGGACAUGGAAGAAUGAAAUGCUGUGAACCUAGAGGAUGGCACUAGUAAUGACAAAGUAAUGGGUUUAAUUCUAGUCGAUUUAUUUAAGCCUGAUUCAAACUAUAUACUGAUUUCACUAUAAGUUUCUUUGAAUAAUAGAAUGCAAAAUGCAUUAAUGUAUAAAUGUCCUUUUCAUUGUACUCUUGGCAUGAAGAAAUUCUUGAUCAUGGUCAAAAGGUUUCAUGGUAUUGUCAUUCAUUAUACCCUUAAGGAACCCAUCUUACGACCCAUGCACACCAAGAAAGAUACAGUGCCGUGAAAAGUUUUUUGCUCCCUUCUUGUUUCUUAAUAUUUAUUUUUUUGCAUAUUUAAAAGACUCAAAAAAUCUAACAAAUUAUAAUAUUACACAAAGAUAAUGCAAGUAAAUACAAAAUGCAGUUUUUAAAUGAUGAUUUAAUUUAAGGGAAAAAAACCUUCCAAACCUGCCUGGCCCUAAGUGAAAAAUGAAUUGCUCCCUCUUGCUAAAUCAUGAAAGAUGUGUUUAGAAAGCUGAGUUAAAUUUCAAUAGCCAAACCCAGGCCUGAUUACUGCCAGACCAGCUGAAUCAAGAAAUCACUUAAAUAGAUAUUGUCUGACAAAGUGAAAUAUGCUUAAAGAGCAACCUAUCACGCCACCAUCUAAAGAAAUUCAAGAACAAAUGAGAAACAAAUUUGACAUGUUUUAGUCUGGCAAGGGUUAUAAAGCCAAUUCUAAGGCUUUGGGACUCCAGUGAACCAUUUUAGAGCCAUUAUCCACAAAUGAAGAAAACUUUAGAACAGUGGUGAACCUUCCUAGCAGUGGCAACAACAACUCAUCCGGGAGGUCAUAAAAGAACUCGGAACAACAUCUAAAGAACUGAAGGCCUCACUUGCCUCUAUGAAAAUCAGUGUUCAUUCAACAAAGACAAGAAGAACAAGACUGGGCAAAAACAGCAUCCAUGGAACAGUUAAGCCACUGCUGACCAAAAAGAACACAAAGGCUCAUCUCACAUUUGCAAAAAAAAAAUUACUUGAUUAUCCCUAAGAAAAAUGAGACAAAACUUUUACUUUUUGGAAGGUGUGUGCCCCAUUUCUUCUGGCGUAAAACCAACACACAUUUCAUUAAUAAAAGAACAUCAUACCAACAGUCAAACAUGGUGGUGGUAAUGUGAUGGUCUGGGGCUGCUUUGCAGCUUCAUUUACAUUUAUUCAUUUAGCUCAGCUGACGCUUUUAUCCAAAGCAACUUACAAUCGCUAUAUAUGUCAGAGGUCGGCACGCAUCUGGAGCAACUAGGGUUAAGUGUCUUGCUAAGGGACACAUUGGUGUUUUACAGACAAAUAUGCAAAAAGAAAAAAAAGAUUUAAGAAAGCAGGAAGGGGACAAAUACAUUUUCACGGCACUAUAACAAAAAUGCUUGUCUGCAUUUUUAAAUGGACUCUUACUGGGUGUCAAUGUUCAUUAGCUGGAAAAAGUCAUUCUGAAAUUGAUUCCAUCAUCAUCAUUAUCCAUUAUCUUCAGUUAUCGUCCUAGGAGCGAGCAGGCCUUCUGCUCCCGCGUCAUUUUGCACCGUGAGCGCGACUGUCGUCAGUCGUCAUGGUAACCGGCGGACAACAGGAAACAUGGCGGAAGAGAAACUUUCAUUUGAGCAAACGUUCUCUUUCAAUUUGCUUUCUACAAAAAAAUUCACGUUACAGCAAGAUCCUAAGAUAUCACGACUCCUGAUGAAAUGGUCCAUGCUAGGUCGAAUUAACAUCCAGGCCUUCAACUUUGACCAAUCUUUCCAGUCUUAUAAAAGCAAUGACUUUGCUUGGAGUUUCUUUCAAGAUCCAUGUGUGAAGAACAAUUUAAAGGUACUUGAUACUGCUGGAUCAUGGACACCACUGGGUAGAGACAUCACACAUGUAAAUGUUGAAGUUGUUCCAUGCACAAAGGUGUCAGUAGAUAUAUUCAAUCCAAUUUACUCAAAUGGAAUAGUGCGUACAUCUGGCCACAUUGUCAGAUGUUAUCAUGAAAUAUACCCAGACUUUGAUGAGUUAAGGAUGCUUUUGCUUGAAGAAGAUUCUAACAACUAUCAUAUAAUCAGUCCAAGUGAUCGUCAGGAGUUUUUAUUUAGACUGUUCAAGCAUUUGGUCUUAGGUGGUGAACUUUGCCAAUGUGAGGAUGUCAUCGAUCCCUAUAUUGAGACAGCAAAAAUUAUGUACAAAGACUUGGUCAGUGUUCAAAAGGAUCGAGAAACAAAAGAGAUCACUGUGGUCACAACAAUCUUGAAAGUUUCUGCUCAUGAUCACAGUGGAUUGUGCUACCCAUCUGCAACAGAAAAUGAGCAGACAUUUGCUUACCUCUGUAUUGAUCCAUUCAAAAGGCAUGUGUACGUCCUAUACCAUUCAUUUGGUAUAGGGGACUUUAAAUGAAGGGCCCUAGAUCUCAUAAAAACACUGAGACAUUAUUAUACACUACAACCACAAUCUUUAAUUUAUGUUAAUCAAGUGAUGGGAGAACGUUAAUUAAAUGAACAGUUAAACCUAGAAUGAAAACCUUCCAAGAAUAUAAUGUAGCAAUUCUGUAAAUACAUUUUGAAUGUAGCUUCAUGCUUGAAACAUGGUAUUUAAUAAAUUUCAAGUGAUAAUUUUAAGUGUAUGUAAUUUCUGCUGAGAAACCGGAACACAUCAACGCACUCCACUCGGGCCACACCCAUAAUCUGAAUGGGAGUGUCAAUCAUGCCCCGAACCUGAGUCAGCAGGUUGUGUCUGAGGGGAACCUCCCAAGGAGGGCCGGCUAACAGAUUAACUUAUUCAGAGAACCACGUCUGAGUGGGCCAGAACGGGGCCAUACCAAACCAAUACCAAAGGUGACGGAGGAGACAGGGAAAACCAGAGUGGGCAAUGCAUAGUCAUACUUGAAGCAAACAAGUUCACUUCUACUCGGCUGGACCACUGCCAAAUGAGACUCACCACCUGAGGGUGCAAUCUUCAUUCUCCAUUCUCCAGCCUCCAAACUCUGUCUCAAGAACAAGUCCGCUCCUGAGUUCAGGUGACCUGGGAUAUGGACUGCUCUGACUGACAGGAACUUGGUCUGCACCCAAAGAAUAACACAUCUCACCAACCUACACAGGGGAUGAGAGCGUGAGCCUCCCUUACGAAUUAGGUAUAAGAUCACAGCAGUGUUGCCAUCCUGAUCUAAAUGUGACAUCCACUCAAUUGGGUUGGGAUGAGUAGGGCGGGCCGAGAGCCGCGGGAAUGGAGCGAGGCCGGUGGUGUGAUUGGAAAUGAGCAUCACCUGCUCGACCCACUGGUCUCAGAGUCCCACAGAGGAGAUCUGAUGGAUACAAAAGAGGAGUGACGACUGUGAAGGACAAGAGAGGACCAUUUUAUUUUGUGUUUGGUUUUUAUUUGCGUGCGACAGUUGUCCACGAGGGGCUGUCGCACUGUUGUGUGUUUAUUUUGUAAUUAAAGUUCAUUUUGAUUGUCCGCCAGUUCCCGCCUCCUUCUUCCCGAGAUUAUGAAGUUUGUAAACCGUUACAUAGGGUAAGAACUGUUUAAGUGCCAGAACAAUGCCAGUGUCUAAAAAAAUGGCUUUUUUGAUUGAGCUAAUGCCAGCGACGUUAAGGUGACUCAAACCUCAGACACCCUGGAGCCACAAUGGUGCCAGAGAUGUGUCCAUUCACCAUUCAGGCCAGUUCAAAGGAAGAAUACAGUAUUGCCAAGCUUUAUUCCAAAAGCAGGCCUGAGGAACCUGCCUGUGUCUCUUGACA